CUUCUAUACAGCCAUGACCAAUAGAUGCUUUCAAAAUUUUUGUGUUUACUGUCAUUUUGUCAACUUAUAAUGUAAUCACCGGGAAACAAUUUUAUUAUUGAUUAAACUUUUCUUUUGGUGUUAUUAAUGUAAGGAUACAUCGUGCUUACGAGCUAGAUCUAGAACAAUGUUCAAGAACACUUUUCAAUCUGGUUUUCUGUCAAUUCUAUACAGUAUAGGCAGUAAACCUUUACAAAUCUGGGACAAAAAGGUUAGAAAUGGGCACAUAAAAAGGAUAACGGACAACGAUAUACAGAGUUUAGUGCUAGAAAUAGUUGGGACCAAUGUCAGCACUACGUACAUUACGUGCCCCGCCGAUCCAAAGAAAACCCUCGGUAUUAAGUUACCAUUUUUGGUUAUGAUCAUAAAAAAUCUUAAAAAGUACUUCACAUUUGAAGUUCAGGUAUUAGAUGAUAAAAAUGUCAGACGGAGGUUUAGAGCUAGUAACUACCAAUCAACAACAAGAGUAAAACCUUUCAUCUGCACCAUGCCUAUGAGAUUGGACGAGGGAUGGAACCAAAUUCAAUUUAACUUAGCUGACUUCACCCGUCGAGCAUAUGGAACAAACUAUGUUGAAACCCUCAGGGUUCAAAUACAUGCAAAUUGUCGAAUAAGAAGAGUUUACUUCUCUGAUAGACUGUAUUCAGAAGACGAGUUGCCAGCAGAGUUUAAAUUGUUCCUUCCCAUACAAAAUAAGACUAAAGCAGCAGUUGCGACAUAAUAAAUUCAUAGUACAAUUAUAUAAAAUCUUUCUAUCACUAAUUUAGUUAAAUACUGCUAAGCUUAUUUUUAUUACAUGUACAUUCUUUAUGAACUUUAAUCUACAAUUUUGUUUGUGUUGUCACUAAAAAAU